AUGAUAGUGAUUUCUUUUCUGCUUGAUGUGCAGCGUGGAGUGUACUUUGAGAUUACUUACUCUAGUUUUAUUGUGGAUGCACAAGCAAGGAGGGAAGUGAUAUCUAAUUGCAAGCUACUAGUUGAUUGGACACGAGGAAAUAAUUUAAUUUUCUCUAGUUCUGCUCCUUCUGUUACUGAACUUCGAGGACCAUAUGAUGUUGCAAAUUUGUUCUCUCUACUUGGGCUCUCCAAGGAGCGUGCUAAAGCAGCCAUUUCCAAAAAUUGUAGAUCAAUCCUAGCUAAUGCUUUAAGGAAAAAACAUUUUUAUAAGGAGGCUAUUAAGGUUGAAAGAAUACCAUCAAGCGGACAAACUAAUUCAGAGCAAUCUCCAUUUGAUGACUGGCUUAAAUGGGAUCCUAUUUCUAGUGGUGAUGGCGACUUGAUACUAGAUGACAUGGAGAAGUCUUUCUCCGCCUCCAGCAAUGUAGCCAAAACUGUCAAAACCAUUGACUUCACAUCAAGCAUGAAUGGUCUGCCUGUGCAUGGUCUGCAAAUCAAAGACAUAAUCUCUCUGAAGAAGGUGGCACCAGAGCCACCAGAUCAUGGUAAAUAUUUGCCUGUGGCCAAGGAGACCAAGGCAGCUAUUGCAGAUUAUGAGAUGCCUGUAGAGAAGGGUGGCCUAAAUUCUUUGCCUGAACGACAAGACAGCCUUAAGGCUGUGGUUCAAAAGCAAGUCAAUCUUAAUCCUCUCUUUGAAGAAAGUCAACACUGUAAAGAUUCUAAAAUUCUAUUGGAUCCCCUUCCCAAAGAGCAAGGUGAACUUAUUCCUCUGCUCGAAGACAGUCAAAUUUCAUUAAAUGAUAUGAAGAACAAAUAUCAGGUUUUUGGCUGUGAAGAUUCCGAGAUGUCAGAUUUGCCAACAGAUGCUGGUACUUCAAAUUGUUUCACUGAUUUUGAGAAACUUGAUACUCUUUCCAUUGAGAAACUGAGGAAUUCAAGCAAGUUGGAUGAAAAUUCUGUUCACAAAGAUGUAGAAUUACCCGGUUCAGAAUUACAAAGUCGCAUACCUGUUUGUAGAACAAAUGUUAUAUCAGAUGGGACACCAGUUUUCAAUUCCACGAGUAAAAGUGAAAGUACUCCCUUCUCUGGCAAACCUGCUUCGUUGAAUGAUAUUUAUUUCUCUGCCAACAUUGAGGAGUCCAAUAUGGAAAAUAGCGUUGAUGUGGUUUCAAGUGCACAAGAAGGAAUUGAAGUGAAUACUGUUCAAAGCAAGAUAGAGGGAGAACGCAAAAAAGGACCUGUUUUAGCUUCAACUGGUAUAUCUUCACAAAAUGGCCAUAUGGAGAGAGAACAAUUGAAGGAAAUGAUGCAUUCUUCAGUUUCCUUAGGUGAUGAAAUGGCUAUUGAAGAAUCUAGUAAUCCAAUGGUAAAUGAGAAUUCUGUUGCAAAAUAUGAUCCAUUGGUGGAUAAUAUGAUGCACGAGAAAAAGCAGAUAAAUCUUGUCACAAGUCAUCGACUCCUGGAUAAUUCUCAAGCAGGGAGAGGGAGAGCAAAACGAAGGGCAACUUAUAAACCUUUCUCAUUUCCUUUUAAGGUUUUGUUGAAUCCCAAGCCCUUUAAGAGGAAGGCUCGGAAGUCAAAAUCACUAAUAACUAUGUGA